AUGGACUUCCGGUCAUUCGUGCUUCGAGGUCCUCUGACCUCCCAAUUUGAUCCUGCGAAUGUGUCCCUGCCUUCAAAAUUUUGUUUUGAAAUUCAUAAAAGUGUCCCUAGGUCGGUGGAACGUGACAACGGAGGAGUUCGGGAAAUUUUAAGCUGCAACCUGCCUCCACUGAUCAUCAAUAACCACAUCGGCAACAACAACAUCAAUUGCAAGUACAACUUCAACAACAACAGUAACAACAUCAGAAAUAACAACAACAUCGAUAACAUCAACAACUUCAACAACAGCAACAUCAUCGUCAACAACAUCAGCAACAUCAAUAACAACAAACUCAACCAUAACAACAUAAACAACAACAACAACAACAUCAAAAAAAUCAUUAUGUCUUGCAGGGAGGUCUGGUUUCUAUGCUCCAUGACAUCUUGUAGACAGAAUAGUGAUAGAAGUGAUAGAAUAUUGUUUCAUAUCAAAAGAAACGAUUUUUUAGUUAGGCUCGAUUUAUCAAACUUUGUGAUGCUACAGCCUUUCAGCAACUGGAUCCUGUUGUGA